GCGGGGCGCGGGGCGCGGGCCGGGAGCCGAGCGGGACCCCCCCGCAGCGCCGCGGUGGCCGGCCCUGCCCGCGCUCGGGGGGACCGGGCCGGACGGGCCAGCCGGAGCCUAGAGUCGGGCCGGGCCGGGCCGGGCUGGUGGGUGGCCCGCCCGGCCCGCCCAUGGGCUCAGGAUGCCGGUGCGCAGGGGCCACGUCGCGCCGCAGAACACCUUCCUGGACACCAUCAUCCGCAAGUUUGAGGGCCAGAGCCGCAAGUUCAUCAUCGCCAACGCGCGCGUGGAGAACUGCGCGGUCAUCUACUGCAACGACGGCUUCUGCGAGCUGUGCGGCUACUCGCGCGCCGAGGUGAUGCAGCGGCCGUGCACCUGCGACUUCCUGCACGGGCCGCGCACGCAGCGCCGCGCCGCCGCCCAGAUCGCGCAGGCCCUGCUGGGCGCCGAGGAGCGCAAGGUGGAGAUCGCCUUCUACCGGAAGGACGGGAGCUGCUUCCUGUGUCUGGUGGAUGUGGUCCCCGUGAAGAAUGAGGAUGGUGCCGUGAUCAUGUUCAUCCUCAACUUCGAGGUGGUGAUGGAGAAGGACCUGGUGGGGUCCCCUGCCCGGGACACCAAUCACCGCAGCACCCCCACCAGCUGGCUGGCCCCAGGCCGCGCGAAGACCUUCCGGUUGAAGUUGCCGGCGCUGCUGGCGCUGACUGCGCGGGAGUCUGCGGGGCGGCCCGGGGGCGCAGGUGGCGCGGGCGCGGGGGCCGUGGUGGUGGACGUGGACCUGGCGCCGCGCGGGGGCGACGUGCUGGCCCUGGACGAAGUGGCGGCGCUGGACAACCACGUGGCGGGUCCCGGCCCCGCGGAGGAGCGGCUUGCGCUGGUGGGGCCCCCCGCCGCAGCCCCCGCGCCCUCGCCUCCCGCGCCCCGCACCCACAGCCUCAACCCCGACGCGUCGGGCUCCAGCUGCAGCCUGGCCCGCACCCGCUCCCGGGAGAGCUGCGCCAGCGUGCGCCGCGCCUCCUCGGCCGACGACAUCGAGGCCAUGCGCGCCGCGCCCCCCGCGCCCCCGCGCCACGCCAGCACCGGGGCCAUGCACCCCCUCCGCAGCGGCCUGCUUAACUCCACCUCGGACUCGGACCUUGUGCGCUACCGGACCAUCAGCAAGAUCCCCCAGAUCACCCUCAACUUCGUGGACCUCAAGGGGGACCCCUUCCUGGCCUCACCCACCAGCGAUCGAGAGAUCAUCGCACCCAAGAUCAAGGAUCGGACCCACAACGUCACAGAGAAGGUCACCCAGGUGCUGUCGCUGGGCGCCGACGUGCUGCCCGAGUACAAGCUGCAGGCGCCGCGCAUCCACCGCUGGACCAUCCUGCACUACAGCCCGUUCAAGGCCGUGUGGGACUGGCUCAUCCUGCUGCUGGUCAUCUACACGGCUGUGUUCACGCCCUACUCGGCCGCCUUCCUGCUCAAGGAGGCGGAGGACGCGCCGCCCGCGCCCGACUGCGGCUACGCCUGCCAGCCCCUGGCCGUGGUGGACCUCAUCGUGGACAUCAUGUUCAUCGUGGACAUCCUCAUCAACUUCCGCACCACCUACGUCAACGCCAACGAGGAGGUGGUCAGCCACCCCGGCCGCAUCGCCGUGCACUACUUCAAGGGCUGGUUCCUCAUCGACAUGGUGGCCGCCAUCCCCUUCGACCUGCUCAUCUUCGGCUCGGGCUCCGAGGAGCUGAUCGGGCUGCUGAAGACGGCGCGGCUGCUGCGGCUGGUGCGCGUGGCGCGGAAGCUGGACCGCUACUCGGAGUACGGCGCGGCCGUGCUCUUCCUGCUCAUGUGCACCUUCGCGCUCAUCGCGCACUGGCUGGCCUGCAUCUGGUACGCCAUCGGCAACAUGGAGCAGCCGCACACCGACUCGCGCAUCGGCUGGCUGCACAACCUGGGCGACCAGAUCGGCAAGCCCUACAACAGCAGCGGGCUGGGCGGCCCGUCCAUCAAGGACAAGUACGUCACGGCCCUCUACUUCACCUUCAGCAGCCUGACCAGCGUGGGCUUCGGCAACGUGUCGCCCAACACCAACUCCGAGAAGAUCUUCUCCAUCUGCGUCAUGCUCAUCGGCUCCCUCAUGUACGCCAGCAUCUUCGGCAACGUGUCGGCCAUCAUCCAGCGGCUGUACUCCGGCACCGCGCGCUACCACACGCAGAUGCUGAGGGUGCGGGAGUUCAUCCGCUUCCACCAGAUCCCCAACCCACUGCGCCAGCGCCUGGAGGAGUAUUUCCAGCACGCCUGGUCCUACACCAACGGCAUCGACAUGAACGCGGUGCUGAAGGGCUUCCCCGAGUGCCUGCAGGCCGACAUCUGCCUGCACUUGAACCGCUCGCUGCUGCAGCACUGCAAACCCUUCCGGGGGGCCACCAAGGGGUGUCUGCGGGCGCUGGCCAUGAAGUUCAAGACCACGCACGCCCCGCCCGGGGACACUCUGGUGCACGCCGGCGAUCUGCUCACCGCCCUCUAUUUCAUCUCCCGGGGCUCCAUCGAGAUCCUUCGGGGUGACGUGGUGGUGGCCAUCCUGGGGAAGAACGACAUCUUCGGGGAGCCCCUGAACCUGUACGCGCGGCCCGGCAAGUCCAACGGCGACGUGCGCGCGCUCACCUACUGCGACCUGCACAAGAUCCACCGCGAGGACCUGCUGGAGGUGCUGGACAUGUACCCCGAGUUCUCCGACCACUUCUGGUCCAGCCUGGAGAUCACCUUCAACCUGCGAGACACCAACAUGAUCCCCGGCUCUCCCGGCAGCGCCGAGCUGGACGGAGGCUUCAACCGGCAGCGCAAGUGCAAGCUGUCCUUCCGCAGACGCACGGACAAGGACCCGGAGCAGCCCGGAGAGGUCUCGGCUUUGGGACCCGGCCGGGCGGGAGCUGGGCCCAGUGUCCGGGGCCGGGCCGGGGGGCCAUGGGGAGAGAGCCUGUCCAGUGGCCCCUCCAGCCCCGAGAGCAGUGAGGACGAGGGCCCCGGCCGCAGCUCCAGCCCCCUCCGUCUGGUGCCCUUCUCCAGCCCCAGGCCCCCCGGGGACCCCCUGGCGGAGGACUGCGACAAGGGCAGUGACACCUGCAACCCGCUGUCAGGCGCUUUCUCCGGUGUGUCCAACAUCUUCAGCUUCUGGGGGGACAGCCGCGGGCGCCAAUACCAGGAACUGCCCCGCUGCCCCGCCCCCGCCCCCAGCCUCCUCAACAUGCCACUGGCCAGUCCCAGCCGCAGGCCACGGGGCGACGUGGAGAGCAGGCUGGAUGCCCUCCAGAGACAGCUCAACAGGCUGGAGACUCGGCUGAGUGCCGACAUGGCCGCCGUCCUGCAGCUUCUGCAGAGACAGACGACACUGGUUCCUCCCGCCUACAGCGCUGUGACCACCCCGGGGCCCGGCCCCACGCCCCCCUCGCCCCUGCUGCCCCUCAGCCCCCUCCCCACCCUCCCCCUGGACUCACUUUCUCAGGUUUCCCAGUUCCUGGUGUGUGAGGAGCUGCCCCCGGGGGUCCCAGAGCCCCCCCAGGACGGCCCCCCUCGACGCCUCUCCCUGCCGGGCCAGCUGGGGGCCCUCACCUCCCAGCCCCUGCACAGACACGGCUCGGACCCGGGCAGUUAGUGGGACUGUCUGGCGUGGACACGUGGCUCACCCAGGGUUCAGCACACUGCUGGGUCCUCCUGUGGAGGCCCUGCCCAGGAGGCCCUGCCCAGGAGGGGACAGGAUGGGGAGGUGCAGCCCCGCAGUCCCCUGGGCCCCCAGGGGGGGCAGGACAAGGCAGGGCCGGUUGGUGGUGGGGUCUGUGUUCCCCCCUGCCUGCCCACCCGCCCGGGGGCAUUAGCUGGUCUAACUGCCCUAGGCACCCCGCCCUGGGCCUUUGGCACUUCAAGGAUUUUUCUGCUAUUUACUGCUCUAAUUGUUAAGGAUAAUAAUUAUGAAUCAUAUGAAUAACUAAUGAAGAUGCAAUGACUAUGAAUAAUAAAUCAUUAUCCCAA